AGAAAUAAAGUUCAAUUUUGAAGUUCAAUGUAAAAGGUUUCGGUGUCGGUUGUUUUCUAGAAACGUGCUAAGUUGAGGUGUUGCGGAGCUGGUUUACAUUUUUCUCCAAGAGCUGCUGCUGCUGUGUAUUUUCGUGUUUUACCGCUGCCAGGAGGGACGGUAUUUUGCACUGCAUUGUGUUUUGGUACAUAUCAAUAGUACCUCUUAGUGGCCCAAGUAGGCACAAGGUGGAAAAUCCAAAGGUGGAAAAUUCAGUAUGCGAAUGUGAAACCGCGAUAACUUCACCCAACUGUGAUUUGCGUUUAAAUUAAGCAUCAUCGUAUCGCAUCUAGUGAGUGCACAGUGUGCGGAAUACAGCGUCGAUACGUAUAGUUAAUUGACGGUGGAUGGUGUGCUUUCGAGUGCUUUCGCCCGGUGAAGGACAGCGCUAACGGCAUCAUUUCGCCGAGAGCAUCGAAUCGUUGGCAGGCGUCUCACAAUCGUAUAUUGGUAUAGAUAUUCGCCAGCACUCAAGAUCUAAAUUAAUAUCGUCACUGACUUGCAGUCAGCUACCCAGCUUGUUUGAGUUACUCUUCGGAAACAGAUGAACGACGAUGAAAGAAAUCGUAUGCCGUUGAGCUCGUUUAACGACAAAGUUGAUGCGCACGAUUUACGCCGUGAGUGGGAGGAAUGGCACCGUGCCUUCGAGCUAAUUAUUCAGUUGCGAAACAUCGAAUCCCAGCACGAUAAGUUGGUCAUCAUGCUGGCGAUGGGAGGACGAGGACUGCAGCGUAUAUUCUACAACUUACGCCCGGUAGCGGAGGAAAUCAUCCCGGAACCUGUGAAGACACCGCUGAUGCCACUGGAAGCUCCGGAAUACGACAACGCUGUCAAAAGGCUGAGGAAAUUUUUCAUAGGCAAGCACAACGAACGAGUGGAGCUAGAACUUUUCCGAUCGCUUCGCCAAAGUAGCGAAGAAUCCUUCAAUAAUUUUAUACUUAGACUUCGUACUCAAGCUGCUAGAUGCGAAUUCUUGGAACGUGAAGAGACCGAGCUCAUGCAGCAAAUCACGAUGGGUGCUCAUGACGAAAAAGUUCGCGACAAAGGGUUGGAGAACGUCAUGAGCCUGGAUGAAAUAAUUACUUUUGCAAUCAAUCGUGAGAUCCUUUUGAAGCAAAGGGAUAAACAAAAGCUUUUCCGUGCCGAAACGGAGGUCAACAGUGUAAGAUUCGGUAAUUUCCGAGGUCGAAAUACAAGUCCGCAGCGACACACAGGAGGUAACCAGCGAUAUGCCAGGCAGUCAACUGGUCAGUGGAUUAGGCAUGGAGAUACUCGUUUCCGGAGUGAGUGCAAUCGAUGCGGUUCAUUCCGUCAUUCCGAAGAUUCUCGAGAAUGUUUCGCUCAAGGAGCGAUGUACAACAAUUGCGGACAGCGAGGACAUUACGCCAGGAAGUGUGACAAACGUGCCAGACAACAUCGAAUUCGUCAAUCGAAGCGUGAUUCAAGUUAUCGUGGUAUGGCUGAGGCAAACUCGGUGGGUGCAUCGGAGUCCUGGGAGGAGGAAAUCCCUCACCGACCAACUGCUGACGACAUCGCGAAGGUGGAAUCACAUGCCCUACAUAACGGCUCUGUAAUAUGCCAGAUCGAUACAGUGCCGGUAGAGUUUGUUAUCGAUUCUGGGUCUUCCAUUAAUGCCGUUACGGAAGAUGUAUGGAAUCAACUAAUAACAAAGGAGGCAAUAAUCUUCAGGAAGAGAUACCAAUGUGACCGUAAAUUUUACGCUUAUGCCAACCACGACCCAUUGAACGUGAUCGCCAUUUUCGAAAGUUGGAUAUCUGUAAAUCCAACAAAGCCGAAAACCUAUGCCGAGUUUUUCGUUUCGAGGGUGCACGGAAAUCACUUCUUAGCAAACGAACGUCGGAGGAAUUACGAAUUUUGAAAGUUGGGCUCAAUGUCCUUCAGGUUUAUCAAGAUGGUGAAAAAGAGGUUAACACUCUAAUCAAACCAUUCCCAAAAUUUCCCGGUAUCCAAGUAAAACUGUCCAUCGAUUCUACAGUACCUCCAAGGAAGAUUGCAUAUUUAAGGAUCCCUGUCGCAUUAGAGAGAAAGGUUGACGACAAAAUAGAUGAAAUGCUCCGCAGUGACGUUAUAGAAAGGGUUGAAGGUCCGGCCGAGUGGAUAUCACCCAUGGUGAUUGUGCCGAAGGACAAGAAUGACGUCAGGAUAUGUAUCAAUAUGAAACAUCCAAAUGAAGCCAUCCAAAGAGAGCAUUAUCCAUUGCCAGUCAUCGAAACCUUCCUGAACAAGCUCAGAGGAUCCAGAGUUUAUUCGCGAUUGGACAUAACGUCUGCAUAUCACCAUGUCGAGCUUCAUCCCGAAUCCAGGGGCAUAACAACGUUCAUGACUGGAAGGGGCUUGAUGCAGUUCAAACGCCUUAUGUUCGGAAUAACUUGUGCGCCCGAAAAAUUUCAAAGAAUUAUGACGGAAAUGCUAUCCGGGAUCAAUGGAGUGAUCGUAUAUAUCGACGAUAUCGUUGUUUCGGGUAGGACGAAAGAAGAGCACGACAGACGACUUCAGCAGGUAUUGGCGGUGUUGGAAGCAAAUAAUGCUAUGCUGAAUAGAAGUAAGUGUGUCUUCGGAGUCGAGAAACUUGAGAUUCUUGGUUUUGAAGUAAGCGCAUAUGGUGUGAGUCCAUCGGAAGAGAAAAUCCUAGCCAUUAAGAACUUCCGUCCGCCUUCGUCUAAAGAAGAAGUCCGCAGCUUCCUGGGACUUGUCAAUUUUGUUGGGCAGUUUAUUCCAAAUCUCUCCACGAGAACGGAAUCGUUAAGGAAGUAUCUUCGUGGCGAAGUAGAUGAGUUUGGCGAGGACCAAAGGUAUUGCUUCAAUGAUCUGCGUCAAGAGCUCUGCAACAACGUUCGUAGAUUGGGAUUUUUCAGCGCAAACGACAUUACCGAGGUGUACGUCGACGCUUCUCCUGUUGGACUAGGUGCUGUGCUAGCCCAACGAGAUAAGGAUAAUGUGCCAAGGAUCAUAUGUUUCGCCUCGAAAGGUCUAACAACAACAGAGAGAGUGUAUCCUCAAACACAACGGGAAGCGUUGGCCGUUGUGUGGGCGGUGGAAAAAUUUUAUCUUUACCUUUUUGGCCUCCGGUUCACCAUAUUCACGGACCAUAAAACCCUCGAGUAUAUACAUGGAGGGAAGCAUCGUGAUGGGAGACGUGCGUGUUCAAGAGCAGAAGGGUGGGCAUUGCGCUUGCAACCCUACGAUUUCGACAUUAAGUACAUCCCUGGGUAUACUAACAUUGCGGAUGUGCUAUCUCGUUUGGUGGUUGAGGUUGAAAAGCCAUUUGAAGAGCAUACAGAUCACUUCCUAUUCACAGUGGGAGAAGCACCUUUGGCGAUUACGUUAGAAGAAAUAAAACAGGCGACGAUUAUAGAUGAAACCCUAGCAUCAGUAGUUAAGGCGUUAGGUACUCACGAUUGGUCACCGGAACUUUUCAGAUACCAGGCUUUUGAAAAGGAACUCGCUGUGAUCGAAGGUAUUGUAGUGAGAGAUGAUAGGAUUGUCCUCCCAACAAAACUACGUCAGAGGGCGCUGCGGAUUGCACACAGAGGACAUCCGGGGGUUGUUGCGAUGCGGAGAAACAUAAGAGAGAAGAUGUGGUGGCCAUGCAUGGAUCGUGAUGUGGCUAACGUAGUACAAGAGUGUGCUGGAUGUGCGGCCGUUAGCAAACAACAUCCUCCUGAGCCACUCAUACGUAAGGAGAUGCCAGAACGACCAUGGCAGGAAAUUGAGAUUGAUUUUUUCUCGGCCAAUGAAUGUGCCACGUUUCUAGUUAUUGUCGAUUACUAUAGCCGGUUUUUGAGGGUUAUUGAAAUGAAGUCAACGACCGCUGCAAAAACAAUUGAAGCCUUGAAGGGAGUUUUCCGUGAGCAAAGCGAUCCUGAAACUGUCCCCAGCGAUAAUGGACCUCCGUUUGCAAGCGAAGAGUUUACAGGAUACUGCAAAGGAAGAAAUAUCAGGCUGAUACGCACCAUUCCCUACUGGCCCCAAAUGAACGGCCUAGUAGAGAGGCAAAACCAAGGGAUACUUCGGACGUUGCGUAUUGCGAAGGCCACUAAUUGCGAUUGGCGUAAAGCGAUUCAAGACUAUAUGUACAUGUUUAAUACUACACCACAUUCAGUAACCGAAAAAUCUCCUAUGGAAUUGAUGACAGGACGACCAGUCAAGGAUCUUUUGCCUUCGUUGAGAACGGACCCACACUGGCGCAGAGAUGCAGAGGUGCGAGAACGAGACGCAAUGAAGAAAAAGCUGGGGAAGCAUUAUGCGGAUAAGCGCAGGCACGCUAAGCCUUCCGACAUAGAGGUAGGUGACUCUGUGAUGAUGAAGAACUACGAAACAGGGAAGCUUGAACCAAAGUUUCGGCUUGAGAAAUUCACGGUUCUGAAGAAAAAUGGAAGUGAUACUGUCGUUGCCAACGUAAAGGAGUCAUCUAUCGUCGGUCAGUAACACAUUUGCGAAAAUUCCCAGCGUCCGCUGAGAAGAAACCACCGGAAGAUCCAACCCCAGAUGAGGAAAGAGAAUUUGCAGAGGUAGAUAACCCAGGCAAAGCAUCUCCGAAGCCCCGAAACUUUAAGCGGAA